AUGAAGACACUAUUAAUCAUACUAUUUUAUAUAUUUUCAAUAUGUUUAGCUAACACAGAGACAAUUUUAAUAAAAAUUCCAAAUUAUUAUAAUAUACCAAUUUUAAAAUCAAUUCCUAAAAAUCAUGAAACAAUACAAAUAGAAGAAUAUAAUUCAACAUUAUCAAUUAUACAAAAUUUCCCAAUAAAUACAAUUGAUAAGUCAAUAAAUAGAAAUAAAAAUGUAAUAUCAUUAAAUUAUAAUACUAAAAUUCCAAUUCAAAAAACUUUACUUGUUAAAAUUAAUAAUUAUAACAAUUCAAUUUUUCAAAAUAAUGAUUUAUUAAAUAUAAAAUUAUGUUGGCCGGCUACAUUGCCUUAUGAUUUUAAAUUAAAUGAAGAAUAUCUAGUUACUACAAAUUUAUAUAAGAGUGAAGAGAAGGAAAAUCCAAAUGAAUUAGAUUUAUAUUUAAGAAUUGAUUAUGAAUUUUUUGGAAAGACUUAUGAUCCAAUAAAAUAUUUACUGGAGAAUGACCAAUUGAAGUUCCAAUUGUUCAUUUCGAAAUUACCAAAUAGAUAUCUCCCCAUUCCUUUAGAGUUAUAUGAUUUUGUUUUAUUUGUUGUUGAUAUGGUGAUAUUAAUUAUUACUCAAUUUAAUUUAAUUAGAUACAUGUUUGGUUUAUAG